AUGUUCAGAUAUUUUACUAUACUUCCUAUCUUCCUCGCACCACUCCUAGCCUCUUCAACUCCACUGCCUCUAAUAGAAACUACGCUCUCUACUGAUUACACAUCCCAAGGCUAUCUUAUAGCCCUCAACGCAUCCGCGCCUUAUUUUGCAGGAGCUGGUCCAGUCGCCGGUUGCAUAACCUCGGUUUUCACUUGGACACUUGAUACUACCGCGUGUGGUCUCUUUGAUGGCACUCGCACUGUAUAUAAUCAAAGUAUUGGGAUGUGGAUGUAUGCAUUUAGAAGUGAAGAGGGUCCGUGCAGUCUGUUUGAAGGUGGUCGAGUGACAUGUUCGGAAACUGGAGUUAAAAACCAGGGAAAGUGGAGUGUGCCCAACUCUACGGAAUCAGGUGUGCCGUUAUACAUGAUGGGAUGGGCAAAUUGGCCAGUUCAAAGGUGGCCGAGCAGUGGAGUAGAUGUUGAUGUUUGGAAUACUUUGGUGGAUAAUCCUGCGCCGGGAGUCCAUUUGGAUGGGUUUGCCAGAUCGUUUAGUGUCAGAUGGCAGGCUGCAUGA